UUAUUUUGAUAUCUCGUAUGAUCUCUUUUCUUCAGUGGAAUAUUAACGGUUAUUUUAAUAAUUAUGUUAAUCUUGAGUUGUUAAUAAAAACCCUUAACCCAUCUGUGGUGCUUCUAAAUGAAACUCACUUAGCCAGUGGCGUGUCAGCACAUACCCCUAAAGCCUACAUAGGUUAUUUCUAUAAUCUCCCUCACAAUGCUAUUUCCAAACAAGGUAUUGCUAUCCUUGUGAAGAGAAACCUCCCCCACAUUCCCAUUCCCCUCCCCCUUUCCAUUAUUGCCUCGCUAGCAAUAGAAAUUCAAACCCCAAAUAAAAUUUCAAUAGCCUGUGCUUACUGUCCUCCUAACCAAUUUUUCACAACUACAGACUUUACUAAUCUUUUUCCACCAGGCCCUCACCCCUUUAUUUUGGCUGGCGACUUCAACGCUUGGAGUCCACUUUGGGGUUCUGUUUCGGCGAAUGCCAGAGGACAUGCCAUUGAAGACGCCAUUUUAAUCUCCAACAGUGUUAUUUUAAAUGAUGGAUCCCCUACCCACUUCUCCACCCAUAAUACCUUGACCCAUAUUGAUCUUACCCUCUGCUCUGCAUCCCUGUCCCCCAAAGUAUCAUGGCGCCUCUUAGAUGACCUUCAUUGUAGUGACCAUUUUCCUAUUGUUUUCACUAUCCCUUCCCGUCCUUUAAAUUUUUUCAAACCUAGGGUCUACUUCAAAACUGACUUAGCUGACUGGGCAAAAUUUGAAGACGCCUGCGAAACAUUUUCUUGCUACUUUCCUGUUUCGUCUAACAUCAAUCAGGAAACAUCCUGCAUUCAAAAAAUCAUUCGCUCUGCAGCCAACAAAGCCAUCCCACUUACACCAACUAGACCAAUCCGACCAAGUCCGUUAUGGUGGAGCAGUGAACUUUCAAAAUUAAGAGAGAGCAAACAACAUGCGUGGCGUCAGUUCAAGCGCAAUCAUACCUCCACAAACCUCAUUAUGUACAAGAAAGCCAAUGCGCUUUUUCGCCGUAGUGCUAAAGCUGCCAAGGUCGCAUGCUUCAAAAAAUUUACCAGCACCAUUACUGCCUCUUCUAGUACUAAAAAAGUUUGGGCUGACAUAAGAAAGCUUACAGGACUACCCUCGCAUUCCCCUCUCUCCUUCCUAAAAUCCCCGAAUGGCAAUCUACUAUAUCCUCGUGAUAUAGCUCUAGAAUUGGCCUCUCAUUUUUCCAACUCCUCUUCUGAUUCCAAUUUUCCUCCUGAAUUUACAGCUAGUAAGCUUGCCAUACUCCGCACUCCUCGCCCAUCCCCUAAUGGACUGACGUCGUCGGCUAGACAAUUGGAUGCUGAUCUUACCUUGCUGGAACUACGAUCUGCCCUUUCGGCGGUUAAAGGUAGAACCCCGGGUUUUGAUAAAAUUUCAUACCCCAUUAUAAAUCAUCUUCCUAUGCCCUUUAUUUCUCGCCUUCUCAGACAUUAUAAUAACAUAUUUAAAACAGGCCACUAUCCCCAUCUUUGGAAAACUAGUUCAGUCAUUCCCAUUUUAAAAGUUGGCAAACCCUCGUCUGAAGUUAACAGUUAUCGUCCCAUAUCUCUGCUCCCUUGCUUGGGAAAACUGUUAGAGAAAAUUAUUGCUACCAGACUUUCAUGGUUUGUAAACUCAAACAAAUUCAUUCAUCACAACCAGGUUGCUUUUAAGAAAGGUCAGGGUACGCUUGAUGCCCUCUUACAUCUUGACCACGUUAUUUCUGAUGUCCUUUCCUGUAGGAAUCAUAUAUCUUUGCUAUCACUGGAUUUUUUAAAAGCUUUCGAUCGCAUUGGAAUCCAUGUAGUUUUAAGACAACUAGAUAAAUGGAAGGUUGGGCCGAGAAUCUACAAUUUUAUAAAAUCCUUCCUGUCCAAUCGUAAGGUUAGUGUUCUAAUUUCCAACAUCCGUUCUCCUAUCUUAUCCCUUGAUAACGGCACACCGCAGGGUUCUCCCCUUUCUGUUAUUCUUUUCAAAAUAGCUUUCGAUGAACUCAGUGUAAUUUUCUCGGAUUUUCCGACGGUUUCCCAUCAAAUAUAUGCUGAUGACGUAUUAUUAUUUUCUAAAAGCUCUGACUUGCACACAGUAAUGUCUACUUUUUCAAAUAUCCUAUCUCGAAUUUCCCAUUGGUCCCUUUCUUCAGGCGCUUCUAUUUCUUCUAGUAAAUCUAAAUUACUCCAUAUUUGUAAGAAACGUAGUUGUUCUAUUCCUUUGUUAAAUUUUAAUGGUGUAAACAUUAUUUGUGAAGAUUCACUUAAGUUUUUAGGUUUAGUAUUAGAUUCUAAGUAUUCUUUCAAAGAACACUGUAAAUACGUAAGACAAAAGCUAUAUGUUAAGUUAAAUAUUCUUAAAUAUCUAUCUUGUAAACGCUCCUUCAUCGGCUCGGACUUACUGAUCAAUGUCACUAAGGCUCUCAUCUCUUCUAUUGUCAACUAUGGUUUGGAAAUAUAUGGGCUGCAUGCUAAAAACCACCUCAAGAUGUUGGCUGCACCUUACCACACUGCAGUCCGCCGUUCUAUACGUGCAUUUCCCACGUCGCCCAUCAAAAACAUUCUGGCAGAAGCAGGUCUACCUUGCCUUUUCGACAACAUGGAAGACAGUAUAAGAAAACUUUAUCCCAAGCUCAUGCUCACAUCCAACAUCUUUCUGAGAAAGGAUUUUCAUUCGGCAACAUCACGCACUCGAACACCUAAAAUAUCUUCAGCUAUCUACAUGUGUUCUAUCUACGCAAAAGAGAAUUGCUUGCCGGCCAAAUUAUCGCUACCAAGAUACAAUCUUCGUCCUCCUUGGUUGCUAAAUAAAUCUUCUUUGAUAAACGAUUUAAGCUAUUUCCAAAAGUCCAACACCACAUCUGCUGAAUACAAUGCUUGUUUUUUGGAUAUAUCAACUCGUUCUAAAGCUACUGGUUGGCAACUGCUAUUCACUGAUGGCUCCAAGGCAGAUUACACUUCAUUUGCCGUUGUUAAAGAAAAUGGUGAAAAUAUAUCUUAUGGUUUACUUUUUCCUUUUUGUUCUAUUUUUACUGCGGAAGCUACUGCCAUUCUCCACGCCGUGCAAUAUGCUACAAAAGCUUAUGGCAAAUUCAUCAUAUGCUCGGACAGUCUAUCUUGCUUCCAAGCUGUUAAAAACCUGAAUAAUCACAACUACAUAAUUGGGUGCAUAAGAAAUAUCAUGAUUAUCCACCCUCUCAAAAUUAGGCUCAUGUGGGUGCCUGGGCAUACUGGCAUCAGCGGCAACAUUUUUGCAGACAAAGCGGCAAAAGAUAUGAGCUUCACUCCUGUUACGACUUCUAGUCUAUUUUGUAAAAAUGAUAUCCAUCGAUUUAUUGUGCAGCAGAGACAGGACAAGAUACUUUCUGAGUGGGUGAAUUACAUGCAUCAUUAUGCUAGAAUCAACCCUAGCCACACCAAACCUUGCUACCCAUCAUCUAUUCCGUCCAACUACAUCACGCCUUAUACGAGACUCCGUAUCGGUCACAGUAUCAUUACGAAUGCUCAUCUGCUGCAAGGAACACAACCCAAUUUAUGCCCAUUUUGCGACGCCCCAGUCAGUGUGCUACACCUAUUAGUUUUCUGUCCUGAAUUGGAAGUUCAUAGACGGCGAAAUUUUAACCAUACUGAUCCCUUACAGUUACUAAUGAAUCCUUCCCAUGGUAACGUCUCUAAGAUAUAUAAAUUCCUUAAGGACUCAGAUCUUCUCCGUCGUAUAUAAUCAGUCAAGUCCUCACUGGC